AUGUACAGGCAAAUUUUAGUAGAGCCCUCACAUCGCAGAUUUCAACGAAUUUUAUGGAGAGAAACCCCUGAUCAGCCAGUGGGUAUAUAUGAGCUUAAUACAGUUACAUAUGGUACUGCAUCUGCUCCGUUUUUAGCAACGCGCGUCUUGCGUCAAGUAGGAAUAGAUAAUUUAGAGGAUUUCCCAACCGCGAGUAGAGUCAUCAUGAAUGACUUUUAUGUUGACGACCUUUUGACGGGCGCGGAAACAUCGUCAGAUAUAAAACAAUUAAAGCACGAGUUGUCAAGCAUUUUAGAAAGCGCAGGGUUUCCGUUGCGGAAAUGGGCUACAAAUUGCCCGCUUAGUCAGGACGAAGAUUUAAAGGCAGUUGCAAAUAAAGAGCUCGCAGCUGAAAAGGACCCAAAAACCCUGGGGUUGAUUUGGGCAGUUAGGGCAGACACCUUACAAUGGUCGGUCGCCUCUUCAGAUUCGACACGGGUCACUAAACGGGUCAUGCUUUCCGAAAUAGCUAAGAUAUUUGACCCAUUAGGUUUAGUAGGGCCUGUUAUUAUUCAGGCAAAAAUACUUAUGCAGAGGUUAUGGCAGCUUAAAACAGGAUGGGAUGAAUCAGUCUCCCAAGAACUACAUUUAGAAUGGUUACAGUAUAGAUCGAAUUUAGGGAAAUUAGUUAAUUUACGAGUGCCGCGAUGCACUAUUAUUAGUAAAUAUAAUAGAAUAGAACUGCACGGUUUUUCAGACGCCUCUCAGGAUGCAUACGGGGCAUGCAUUUAUCUAAGAUCCGAAUUAGGACCAGGUAGAUGGGAGGUUCGGUUGUUAUGUGCAAAAUCCAGGGUUGCACCCCUGCGAUCUCUUUCCUUACCGCGAUUAGAAUUGUGUGCGGCGUUAGUUUUAGCUCGUCUAGUUAAAAAGGUUAAAGAAUCGCUCUCGUUAAAAAUAUCAAGCGAAAGAUUUUGGACCGAUUCAAUGAUCGUAAUUGCAUGGUUAAAUAGUUCACCUAAUAGAUGGAAGACCUUUGUAGCAAAUAGGGUUGCAGAAAUUCAUAGUGUGACUUCCAGAGACAGCUGGAGUCAUGUUCAAUCGCUUGAUAAUCCAGCGGAUAUAAUAUCUAGAGGGACAACUCCUGAUAAGUUAGCGGCGAGUAGUCUUUGGUGGUCAGGACCUGCCUGGUUAUCAGAGGAUGCUGGUUGUUGGCCGAAAUCAGGAGAUAGUAUUAUAGAAGCUCCGGAAGCUCGAAUUGCUAAGACAACAUUUUUAGUAUCAAAAGUGUCUAAGUAUUCUAUAUUUGAAAAAUUUUCCGAUUACUCUAGAUUAUUGCGGGUAGUUGCAUAUUGUUUAAGGUUUGUUGAUAAAUUACGUAAAAAAGAGACAUUACAGGGCAAUCUCACAUGUGUGGAGAUAAAUCGUGCGAAAGAAACAAUAAUUGAAUUAGUUCAGUCAGAAGCUUUCCACGACGAAUUAGUUGACUUAAGAAAGGGCAAAAUGGUCCAUAAAGCGAGUGCGUUAUAUUCGCUCAACCCAUUCCUGGAUGAGCGGGAAUUAAUCAGGGUGGGCGGUAGACUCAGCAACGCAUUCAUACAGUAUAAUAAAAAACAUCCACUUGUUUUGCCUGGUAGGCAUCAAUUUUCGGACCUCGUGAUCAGACACGAGCAUGCUAGAUUAUUACACGCUGGCUCUCAGCAGGUAUUGAGUUCAUUGCGGGAUUCAGUUUGGCUCAUAAAUGGGAACACUAAUGUAAAACGCAUAAUUAGGUCUUGUGUCAAGUGUUUUCGGGUUAGGCCACGCGACACACAAUGUACAAUGGGUCAGCUACCUGCGUCUCGGGUGACUCCGGCACGGCCAUUUAUGACCUGCGGAGUCGAUUAUGCAGGUCCUUUUUUGACAAAGGACCGUACUAGGAGCAAGAUUAGUAUUAAGGCUUACAUGUGUAUUUUUGUGUGCUUUGUGACAAAGGCGGUGCACAUUGAACUUGCUCCAGAUUUGAGCACGGAGGCAUUUCUCAAUUGUUUUCGGCGUUUUAUAGCUAGACGCGGAAGAUGCAAAUGUAUAGUGUCGGAUAAUGCUACCAACUUUGUUGGGGCGCGAAACCGAUUUAAAGAAUUAGAAAUUUUAUUGAACGAUCAAAGGCACAAUAAUAGUAUUUCUGAAUUUUUAUUAAAAGAAGGUAUAGAGUGGAAGUUCAUUCCUCCACAGGCACCACAUUUUGGUGGGCUUUGGGAGAGUGCGGUCAAAUCCGCAAAAUAUCAUAUAAAGCGGAUAAUUGGAGAGCAAAGAUUAACUUUCGAAGAAUUGUAUACUUUUUUGACGCAAGUAGAAUCUUGUUUGAAUUCCCGUCCCAUUAGUCCCCUCUCCUCCGAUCCGCACGAUAUGAAUCCUCUGACUCCAGGUCAUUUUUUGAUCGGCGACGCUUUGUGCGCAUUGCCAGACAGCGAUUUGAGGGACGUUGCUGUAAAUCGUUUAGAUUGUUACCAAUUGAUCCAGCAGAUGUUUCAGCACUUCUGGCAAAGGUGGCACAAGGAAUAUCUUCAUCAGAUGCAGCAGAGAUACAAAUGGCGUACCACUCCACCUCAGCAGCCAAUCGAGGGAAUGUUGGUCAUCGUGAAGGAAGACAACUCUCCUCCGCUGCGAUGGUGUCUUGCGCGGGUCAUGCAGACACACAAGGGGAAGGAUGGAGCGAUACGUGUUGUAACAGUCAAGACAGCAGAUUCAACAUAUAAGCGUCCCAUAACAAAAAUCUGUAUACUACCGAUAAUUGAUAAUGUAAACAACACAGAUGAAUCACUUUACAAGAAACCGAUAAGAGAACAAGUUCAGUUCAGACAAUUGUAA